GGGAAGAGUUUAUCUUGUUGCUGCCUUCAGUCUCUGGGAACGAGGAAGUAGUGGGCUGGGUGGGGCUAGAUGUUCUUCCACUUCCUUGAAGUCGAAAAGUCAAAAGCUGAGUGCUGGGGAGUGAGCCUUGGGGUUCGCUGUGCGCGGGAUUAACUUUGCUGCCGAAUCAUGGGUGAGGGGUGGGGCUUGCGUGGUUUCCCUGGUGACGUCUCGGAGAGGGGCGGGACUAGGCCCGGUUUCCCACUGCUUGGCUUUCCGAAGCCGCCAGGAUCUCGACCCCGAGAGUCUGCUAGCAGCAGAGCACCCAACGUGGACCGGAGGCGGGGCCUUGAUGUUGGAGCGGGUGGAGCUCGGUCUGGUCAGGAGGCAGCGGCGACGGCAGGCCAUGCCCCGGGACUCCCUGUCACUGUGGGAGUUGGUGGAGGAGCACGUACCACGCCCGGAGCGACCUGAAGUGAAGAGGAUUCUGGGGGAGGCAGCGGUGGACCUGAGCCUGGAGUUAAGAAAAGAGGUGGUGAUACUACAGGCACUGCUCCUAGAGGCUCAAUCCUCUCAAGCUUCAGAGUCCCAUCCCAUCUCUGACCCUCCCUCUCUUCUGGCACCAUCUCCCCUCCUGAAGAACCUCAUGCGCCAAGAACUCCGGCAGCUACUUCAAGGCCUUCGCCUUAAGGCCAUCUGUGAGGGCAGGGACCAGGCCCAGGCAUGGGCUCAAUAUAGUCCCAGAGUCCUUCACUUUGCCUUAGAGGAGCCCAGUUGCAAAUCACCACAACAGAAACUCUUCCAGAUGAGAGCUGGAGAGCCCAGGUCUGGGGUGAGCAACACAGGGAGGGUGACUUUACCUGCCAGCAGCUAUCACAGGGACCUAAGCAACAUCAAGGACCAACUGAAUGUGUCUAACAUUGACCAGGUUGCCGGACACUUGAGGAGCCUUCUGGAGGAGGAGUGUCACAUGCUGAAGAGGGAGAUCUCUAAGCUGCAGCACUGCCUGGAAGUGGAGCAGAUGAAGGCUUGCCAGCCCUCCAAGGCAACCCUAGAGCCCACUCUGGCAGAGUUAAAGGAACAGAAGAAGGCCAUGGAACGGGAGCUACAGGUCUCUCUAGGGCCAUCCUGUGUCUCUCCUAAGCACAGGCAGCAGCCCUUGGGGUCUUCUGUUCAGGGCCUCAGGCCCUCCUUUCCUUGCUUCAGUGGCUACUUGCCUGCACCUCCUUUGGAGCGCUGCCCCCACCCGAGGGGUCAGGCCACCACCCACCGCUGGGGACGGCAACUUCGGUACAGCCAUUGGGACAAGCCAGUUUCAGUGUCCAGUGUAGCGUCCCAGGCCCUAACCUGAAGGGCUGGCCACAAAAACAGGCUUCUGCUGGAACUCACCCCAUCUACUGCUGCCUCCAGCUGCUAUGGCCCUGCCAGUUUCUGCUUGUCUUACGUGAGCUCUCAGUCUCCCAAGGCUGUGUAUUGGUCUGGUUCUUAGCUCCACCCUUUGCCAGGUCACUGAUAUCUAGGACUGAG